UAGUGCCCAAAAAAAACCCAAUCCCAAGUUCCCUUCGCAACCCCCAAAUCCCAAUUCACAAACAAAAACCCUCAACCAAAAAGAAAAAAAUAAAAAACUCCAUGUGCUUGACCCGUGGCCAGUGAGAUCAUACAAGGCUACAAGCUACAGCUCACUCCCUCACUUCCAUCUCCCACAGUCCUCUCUCUCUCUCGUCGUCCUCCUCCCCCAACAAAUCCUCAUUCUCUCUCUCAACACAUUUACACCUUUUCCCCACCUUUUAUAAUUAACUCCAACAGCUCCACCAGCCCCUGCUUCUCUCUCUCUCUCUCUCUCUCUCUCUCUCUCUCUCUAUGCAACACAAGAAAAGUGGAGCAACAAGAACACCCAACAGCAUUCACAAACAAACCCUAGAGCUAGAGCUACACUGACACACAUUUUCACAAUGGCACAUCCAUAGCCAUUGAAUUAAGCAACCAUUCAACCUCAAAGUCUCAACCUUUGACCCAGUUGAGCUCAGACCUCUCAAAUCCCCCACUCACACUCUUCAUUUGAUUUCACCAUGGGAACCUGCACUUCAAAGCCACCAAAACCCAACCCAUAUUCCUCCAGAGACCCAAAUGACCAAACCAACCCUUCACAAACCCCCAAAUCCCUCCCAUCCCUCACCCCUCACCACCACAAGGACGACGUCGUUUCCCGGCAGUCCCAGUCCCAGUCCCCCUUCUUCCCCUUCUACAGUCCGAGCCCCGCCCAUUAUCUCAAGAAGUCGUCUCCGGCGAGGACCAAGAGCGCCACUUCCACUCCCAGCCGCUUUUUCCGGCGACCCUUUCCGCCGCCGUCGCCGGCCAAACACAUAAAGGCCGUGCUGGCUCGGCGGCUCGGCAAAAAGGCCUCGGCUUCGGUGGCGAUACCGGAGGAUGCUGAGGACGAAGAUGGGGUUGAGCUGGACAAGAGGUUUGGGUUUUCUAAGGAGUUAACAAGCCGAUUGGAGGUUGGCGACGAAGUGGGUCGAGGGCAUUUUGGGUAUACUUGCUCUGCUAGGUUCAAGAAGGGUGAGUUUAAGGGUCAGCAGGUUGCUGUCAAGGUCAUCCCCAAAUCAAAGAUGACAACUGCCAUUGCAAUUGAGGAUGUGAGAAGGGAGGUCAAGAUAUUGCGUGCCUUGACGGGACAUAGCAAUCUAGUUCAGUUCUAUGAUGCAUUUGAAGACAGUGAUAAUGUCUACAUAGUAAUGGAGUUAUGCGAAGGUGGGGAGCUUUUAGAUAGAAUACUUUCAAGGGGCGGGAAAUACUCUGAAGAUGAUGCGAAGACUGUCAUGGUUCAAGUACUGAAUGUUGUUGCGUUUUGUCAUCUUCAGGGUGUGGUGCAUCGGGAUCUUAAGCCAGAGAACUUUUUGUAUUCCGCUAAGGAUGAGAAUUCCCAGUUGAAAGCCAUUGAUUUUGGCUUAUCAGAUUUUGCCAAACCAGAUGAGAGGCUUAAUGAUAUUGUUGGAAGCGCAUACUAUGUCGCACCUGAGGUUCUACAUAGAUCUUAUAGUACAGAGGCUGAUGUUUGGAGCAUAGGUGUAAUAGCAUAUAUUCUUUUAUGUGGUAGUCGCCCAUUUUGGGCCCGGACUGAGUCUGGGAUUUUUCGAGCGGUGUUGAAAGCUGAUCCCAGUUUUGAUGAAGCACCUUGGCCGUCUUUAUCUCCUGAAGCAAAGGACUUUGUUAAACGCUUAUUGAACAAGGACCCUCGGAAACGAAUGACAGCAGCGCAGGCUUUAAGUCAUCCUUGGAUCCGGAAUUAUAAUGAUGUAAAAGUGCCUCUUGAUAUUUUAAUAUUUAGACUCAUGAAGGUUUAUAUGCGAUCAUCAUCACUUCGAAAGGCUGCUUUAAGGGCCUUAUCUAAGACAUUGACUGUGGAUGAGCUCUUUUAUCUGAAGGAGCAGUUUGCACUAUUGGAGCCAAACAAAAAUGGCACUAUAACUCUUGACAAUAUUAGAAUGGCCCUGAUGAAAAAUGCUACAGAUGCAAUGAAGGAGUCUCGCAUUCCCGAUCUCAUUGCAUCGCUAAAUGCACUUCAAUACAGAAGAAUGGAUUUUGAAGAGUUCUGUGCAGCUGCAUUAAGUGUUCAUCAGCUGGAGGCACUUGAUCGUUGGGAACAACAUGCACGAUGUGCAUAUGAACUUUUCGAGAAGGAUGGAAACAGGGCAAUUGUCAUUGAAGAACUCGCUUCAGAACUUGGACUUGGUCCCUCAAUUCCGCUUCAUGUGGUUCUCCAUGACUGGAUUAGGCACACUGAUGGGAAGCUAAGCUUCCUUGGCUUUGUGAAGUUGUUGCAUGGUGUGUCCAGCCGGACGUUUGUGAAAGCAUAGUGAAGUUAUAGAACAUUAUUUGGGUAUGCGUUUUAACCAAACGAGAUGUGCUAUGUGUUGAUAGACGACGUGCAUCCAAUGAUUGAUUUUCAAGAUUUGGAGAUCUGAUAAGAUGGCCAAUUUACAAUCUGCUUUGGCACAUAGAAAGAGCCUUCCGUGCCAAUUUGGGGAGAGAGGCUUGAACUUCCCGGACACUGCAGGUGCAAGCCUAGUUACCAGUUUGAAUGCUGUGUUGUUGAUAUUCAGAGUGUAAAGCUGUAGUUAGUUUGCCUAAAUGGGUAAUUGCAUAUUCUUCAACUCCUUAGAUGCAUUGUACACGUUAAGUUAUCCUCGUCUCCCCCAACAUCUGUCCAGUUACUGUGAAACAUGCUUGAAUGAAUUGCCUCAGUAUUGGAAAACUCCUCUGUGGCUUCAAUUGAAAACCAAGCUUACAAGCAGUGUGGUAACUAAAA